AUGUUGGGUAUUUACCGUCCGAAGGCAGAACCUGCAGAUGGUAACAAGCAAAUUCAGAGAACGACAAGGACACGACCGGCAGUAAAUGUGGAGAAUGGUCCGAGAACCAGAUCAGCGUCGACUCGUCGUACCAAGGAGCAACCGAUAACCAUCACAUACCUUGGGCGAUCACGCACGGCCAGUGAAAGUGAUGCUACAACUUCCGUUCGGGCUGUUCGUUCUUCUACCUCGAAGAAACUUCAGCAGUCUGUUUCUGUGAAAACCAAAACAGAUGAUCUCAGUUCAUCAUCUUCUUCGGAUUCAGUGUCAUUCUCCAGCAGUUCUCAAGCCGCUGCUUUCAUCGAUAUUUUGAACAAAAUUGGAGCAACAGCGAAAACGAAAACUGCUCCGAAUCGAGCGAAGAUAUAA